CCGCCUUCCUUCCCCUUGGUGUUGGUUGGGAGCGGCCUGGGCGACAGUAAUACUGUGGCAGCACCAUGGCCGGCAUCAAAGCUUUAAUCAGCUUAUCUUUUGGAGGAGCUGUUGGAUUAAUGUUCCUGAUGCUUGGUUGUGCCCUUCCAGAUUACAGCAAAUAUUGGCCACUGUUUGUUUUGUUCUUCUACACCCUCUCUCCAAUUCCAUACUGCAUAGCAAGAAGAGUUGUUGAAGAUACAGAUGCUACAAGUAAUGCUUGCAAGGAACUUGCCAUAUUUCUUACAACAGGCAUUGUUGUCUCAGCAUUUGGACUUCCAAUUAUAUUUGCCAGAGCAGAACUGAUUAAGUGGGGUGCCUGCGCACUUGUCCUAACAGGAAACACAGUCAUAUUUGCUACCAUCCUAGGGUUUUUCUUGGUUUUCGGCAGCAAUGAUGAUUUCAGCUGGCAACAAUGGUGAAAAGAGUUGGAGUGAGAACUAUCAACAUCUCAUGUCAUUCAGUGGCCAUCCAUACUCAAGAAAGAAGGGGCAAUAAAGUGAAUGUACUGUUUUCACAGAGGGGACCUGGGGUAGGGCACUCGGUAGCCGGUAGCCGCUUUUCUUCUCUUUUCACAAACUACAUUAACAUUUGGCUUGAUUUAAAUAUUUUUUAACAGGUUGAUGCUGUUUUAUUUUAAUACUUUAUUUUGAUGUGAGAACAGAAUGCUUAAAAUAUGUUUAAAAGGUAUCUUUUUUAAACAACCCGAUAGCGGUAUUUAAGUAUAAAGUUGAAUUUUUCACUAUUGAUUAUUUUAAAACGAAUGUGCAGUUAUGAAACCAAGUAAGAAAGUAAAAACCAAGAAUGGCACAAUCCAGUCAAAAGUACGAGGCUUUUGACUGGGUCGUUAGGCACAGGUUUGGAAGUAGCUCCCGAAUUCCGUAAAGGUUAUGGUUAUGCAGAGAAUUGUGCAUAUGGCCUGUUGAUUUUAAUCAGAGAAUUAAGCAUGCGUUCGGUACUCUAAUUCUUUUCUGAAAAUAAGUUAAGAUUCUGGAAAGCUGAAUUGUGCCCUUCAAGAGCAGUUAUGCAUUUUGUUGUGGAAUUUUGGAGAAAAGCUGAAAUGAAAAGUAUUCAGCAGCUGGCUGGUAGGUGUUUUUAUUAUUAUGUAUGAGGCUGAAAGUGUUCCAUUUCCAUUAAUCCCGUUUAAAUGAGUAUGAGAAAAUUUUUGAUGAUAAUGGGAUAUCUUAAGUGUUCAUUGCUUAAAAAGUUUGUCCAGCAUACAAAUAUUUUGACAGUUUUUAUUUUUGAUUAUCUGAAAGGGAGAGGGAGAUGGAAUUUUAAUUUUUCUUGUGGGAGUAGAAGACGGGACUUUAAUCUUCAUUUUUAAAGUCUUUUCUGAAAACUCUUUGUUUAUGUAUUGUGUGGGUCAACUUUCUAUAUCAAUUGUUUUUUUAAGUUUUACCAAAGGAAAGAUUAAUGAAACUACUGAUUAUAGAUAACUCAGCAGAAGGAAACCCUGCACUAGGCAUGUGGAAAUAAGUGAUUCUGCUCCUUUACUAUUCACUUGCACCUAUUACAACAAAGUAUAAAAAGAUAAUUUCUGCUGCCACCCCCCCCCCUUUUUUUUUACUUUGUAUAUGGUAUAAAAAGGUUUUUCAAAUGUAGAUUAACAUUUCCACUGUAGAUAACCAUUUAACUGGAAGACUAAUUACUGCAUACAUAUACAGUCAGGGCUUGGCUGCAAUUGCAAAUCUUUGAAUAUGAACAUUUUAUAGUAAUUCUGUUAAUGUUUUAGUUUAUGCACCAAUGUAUUAAAUGUUAGAUCAAAACUGUAGUUCUGUUAAAAUAUAACACAUGUAAUUUGCAAUAUUGAAUAUCUGUUCCAUUCCACUUGGGGUUUUUGUUUCUAUUAACCAUAAAUUGCCAUGUUUUGUAGAUAUAUUUCUUUUGUAGUCAUACUUUCCUGGUAACUCCCUCAUAUGAUACCUAAGUGUCUCUGUCUAUGCUUGCAUAUCAUUUUAUGCAAACUAAGCAAGAUUUGAUACAGUCACUUAAACAUAGUCCCUUUUUUUUAAACAAUGCUAUUGACAUAGUCCUCUCCACUAUCAGCCCAGUCCAGAGUGCCUUGUCUCCUCCCUCCUUGGCUGCUCAGUAGAUACGGUAUAUGUGUUUCACAGUGUGUCAGAUCCAUGGUAUAGGAGACAGGGGAAUGCAUGUAAAGCAG